UAGGCCUAUAUUAUGGUAGCUAUAUUACGUUUGUUCUGAUUAAUAGACCGUUCACUGUAGGACGAUACAGGCACGUUGCGAUGACUCAAAUCAUCCCGUUAGUUCCUAUAGUGUUUUCACUUCUUGUAAAAUAUGGUCAACCUUUAGAAUGUAAAAUAAAAGAGUCUGUCGUCAACAGGCCUGUGAUUUCAAGUAAUUGCUACCGAAAGUGCGAAUACCCGCCUAAACCAAUGAUAUGCGAGUACGACCUAAAUGUUGAAUGGAUCCAGACAAUGUCAGGUCAUUGUGGGGACUGUCCGCUAAAGAAAGAAGACUGUAAUCUCGAAAAGUGUGUACCUGUUGACGGGUCUUCAAGACCUGCGGCCGUUGUAAAUGGCACAUUUCCCGGACCGAGCAUUCAGGUAAUAUUUUGGAGAAAAACAACAUUACUAAAAUAAGUUGAUAUUUAGAUCUAAAAUUAUUAACGUCGUUUUAAUACACUAUGUAAGAUGCAUUUAAAUAUAGUU